ACUGUAACCUUACAGAACUUCAAUGUGCCUCGCCGCUCAGUUAGACACAUGUCAGCUCUUGUAUUGACAGCACGUUAAAAUUCCAUUGUAACGUAUUUAUUCCUGCUCUAUGCGGAUUGCAAUUGGUAAUAUUUGCCAAAGCUUCGUCUGGACCAUCGAACGGCAUUGGAAUAUUUAGAUAGCAACGAACACUUCUGAAGCAAAUAUUACGCAUGAUUUGUAUCAUAAUUUUAAAAAAGCUGAAGGAAGCUGAACUAAUUAGACUGGCUAAUUACAUCUACUAACGAUGAUCACUAUAUUGUCGAUAUUAUCUAUCUUUAUCAUAUUGGUAUAUAAUUAUUACGUACAUUAUCGACAAAAUGGACGACUUAUCAAUCGUAUACCAGGACCACCAGGUUAUCCGAUUGCUGGAAAUAUUGUGAAAUUUAUAGGUUAUUCACGAGAAGAAUUAUGGAAGACUGUGAUGAAUCUAUUUGAUCAAUACUAUCCCAUUUAUAAAAUUUGGGCAUUUUAUCUUCCGAUUGUAUUUAUACGUCAUCCAGAUGAUCUAAAGAUAAUAUUAAGCAGUCCAAAGCACAUCAAUAAAAGUAUGUUUUAUGAUAUUUUAUAUCCUUGGUUGCGCACUGGUCUUUUUAUUAGUUCAGGCGCCAAGUGGCAUUCACAGCGGAAAAUAUUAUCUCCGGCAUUUCAUUUUAAUAUAUUACAGCAAUUUCUUGAGAUUUUGACUGAGGAAGGCGAAAAUAUGAUAAAGUCAUUAAAAAAUACGGAAGGCUCAUUUGUAAAAGAUUUAAUACCAUUUGUUAACGAAUAUACGCUGAAUACAAUAUGCGAAACUGUUAUGGGCACUUCUUUACGAAAUAUUGAUGAAAAUCAACAACGAAAAUAUCGAGAAGCGAUUCAUCAGAUGCAGGAAUUAUUUAUAUAUAGAUUAUUAAGGCAGUGGCUGCAUAACGAUUGGAUAUUUUCAUUGGUGUCAAAAGGCAGAGAGCAAAGAGAAGUUAUAAAAAUAUUACAUGGAUUUACUGAUCAAAUUAUUGAGGAGAGGAAACUUUAUCAUGAACGCACCAAUAAUCGAUUCUUAAAAAACCUUGAUAAUUUUACAAAGGCAGAGGCAGAUGAUGCAGAAAUGAUUGGAAGUACGUAG